AUGUUUAUCCUAGUCCUUCUAAUUUUGUCAUGCUGUUCCUUAUCUACCACUGAAAAAGUAAUAACGUCUUCUGGAACUAUCGAGUAUACAGAGCAUUUUGGAUAUGUAAACGUCAGACCCAAAGCACAUAUGUUUUGGUGGCUGUAUAAAGCUAAUUCGUCUUCAUAUACAAGACCUCUAAUUCUUUGGCUUCAGGGAGGACCAGGAGCGUCAAGCACCGGUUUUGGAAACUUUGAAGAAAUUGGCCCAAAAGAUCUAGACGGUAAUGAUAGGAACUACACUUGGUUACAAUUGGCAGACUUAGUGUUUGUGGAUAAUCCAGUUGGAGCCGGCUUUAGUUAUGUUGACGAAGAUUCAGCUUUCACUACCGAUGUCGACCAAAUAGCAGCUGACUUGAUGGUAUGGGCGAUAAAUUUCUUUUCGUUGCACGUAGACUACAAGACAAGGCCAUUUUACAUCUUCUGUGAAUCUUACGGUGGUAAAAUGGCUGCUCAGUUUGCCAGAGUCAUUACUGAACCCAAACGAUUUUACUACUUGCAGUAUUCAAACAAAUUUCCUAUCGACCUGAGAGCAGUUGCGCUUGGUGACAGUUGGAUUUCGGGAAUUGACUACGUAGAUACAUGGGGAAAAUACUUGUUUGCCAUGUCGUUUCUUGACGAGCAUCAAGCAAAACAAGUAAAACAACAGACCGACCAAUGCUGGAAUAUGGUCAUGAAGAAACAAUGGGCGAAUGCAACCGACUGUUGGGGAAGCACCGAAGACUUAAUUACCAAGUUAACCGAUAAUGUUAGUUGGUACAAUAUAAUGAAGGCUGGUGGAGAAGACGAGUGGUCGGCCACAGCAAAAUCAAAAAAUCCUGCUCGUGAGUGUAUUAACACCAAAACGAUAUUUUGUUUACCAAAUGUAGCACACGUAAAAGCAUUUGGUCCGUUAAAAUAUAUAGCUGAAAAUGACAUCGCUGUUUCAGAACUUACUUAUAAGAAGCAACUUGCCCCAUAUCAAAAAGACCAACUGAGCACUUACAUGGAUACAGUAGUGCGUAAAAGACUAGGAGUCAUACCAGACAAAGUUCACUUCGGAGCCCAGUCUGAAAAAGUUUUCGAAAAACAAACUGGUGACUUUAUGAAGCCCAACUAUAACACAGUUGACUUCUUGCUUGCAAAAAAUGUCAAUGUUAUCAUUUACAAUGGGCAACUGGAUCUAAUUUGCGACACUAUAGGAACAGAACAAUGGAUAAAGCGCCUGCAAUGGAGCGGCUUGCAAACAUUCCAAACAGCAAAGAAAACGUCCUUCAAAACCCCCUCUUCAUUUGGGCCAGAUGGUUAUUAUAAAAGUUACAGAAAUUUACAACUCUGGUACAUACUACGAGCAGGCCACAUGGUUGCUUAUGAUGCUCCCACCGCAACACUAUUUAUGGUUAAAAACAUAUUGCAGCAAUUUGCACAAGGCCGUAAGUAGAU